UAAUCCAAUAACUUUAGGCUGAUCUGUCAUCUGAGAGUACAUUUUUAGGUGGGGCCAAAACAAAUCCUCAAGGACCUCAGCCGGGGGGGAACCCUCUGUAAAGCGAAGCCCAGCAUCGGUCAGUCAGACACUUACACAGCCGCCGCAAAGGCCCAGCAGAUUUUGAUGUUCCGAUGGCCAUUGCCCUGAAAGCAAACAGCUUCUUGCAAUUGAAGAAUACGAGCAACUCCCACCACAACCAUAUUCUCAUUCAACCCUCCCAUACCCCAAGAUUUGCGAUUCCAUCCAGGAAAUUCAAGACCCCAAUGGCUAUUCUCAGUGUCUCCACCCCAACAGUUGGACUCUCAAAGACUUUCACCCGGUUGAGAAAUCAAGGCAAAGUGGCUUUUAUCCCAUACAUUACGGCUGGUGAUCCUGACCUUUCAACAACGGCAGAGGCGCUUAAAAUUCUUGAUGCUUGUGGAUCAGACAUAAUUGAGCUGGGUGUGCCCUAUUCUGAUCCUUUGGCAGAUGGUCCAGUUAUACAGGCCGCUGCUACACGUGCACUGGCAAGAGGGACUAAUUUUAAUGCAAUUCUUUCGAUGUUGAAGGAGGUAGUACCUCAGAUAUCUUGUCCACUUGCGUUAUUUACGUACUACAAUCCAAUACUUAAGCGUGGGGUUGAGCAGUUCAUGUCUACUGUGAAAGAUGUUGGCGUACACGGUCUUGUUGUCCCAGACGUGCCGUUGGAAGAAACUGAGAGCUUGAGAAAGGAAGCUGUUAAGAAUAAUAUUGAAUUGGUACUGCUCACGACGCCCACUACUCCAACAGAGCGAAUGAAAGCCAUUGUUGAAGUUUCAGAGGGAUUUGUGUAUCUUGUGAGUUCGGUUGGAGUCACUGGAGCUCGCGCAUCUGUUAGUGGAAAGGUUGAAUCUCUAUUGAAGGAUAUUAAAGAGGCAACAAGUAAGCCGGUGGCAGUAGGUUUUGGCAUUUCAAAACCUGAGCACGUGAAGCAGGUAGUAUCAUGGGGAGCUGAUGGGGUGAUUGUUGGUAGUGCUAUGGUGAAACUGCUGGGUGAAGCAAAAUCUCCAGAGGAAGGGUUGAAAGAACUAGAAAUCUUCGCCAAGUCAUUGAAAUCUGUGUUGCCUUAAACUAUAACUCUCUGUCAUUUCAAGAGUAUCUUGUAUCCUCAUUCUGGAACUUCGACAGGCAUUGGCACAAGCCACAUUCAAUAGCAUGAGAUUUUGACUUCGUAA